AUGAGUGCAAGAGACGCUCAUUCUGUGCAACAAGCGCGAAGUGUUGUGGAACAAUUACGUCGUGAACGUAAUUUACGUCGUACAACGAUUUCUCAGACGGCUAAUGAUUUAGUGCGGUAUACGCAAGAUUGUCAGAGAGAUGAUAUAUUGCUGACGGGUUUUCCGAAUGACAAGAUGAAUCCGUUUCGGCCUAAAAGCUCUUUCCAAUGUUUGCUACUUUAA